GAUCCAAUUAAACCGAAGUCCAUAACCGACCCAAUUUCGCGCUGGGUCAACCCAUCAGCUCAUUUCCCAAGUUUACACUGGCGGAUCCGCCAUUGCCAACGCGCUCACAAUGUGAAGAUGCACCUGACGCGAUUCUUAUGGAGGCAUCAUAUAAGGAAUAAAACGGCAGUUGCAGUUCCAAUUAAAGGCUUAUUGGCUCAGAUUACUGCUAAUAAACCAAGAUGGAUGAGUACGGUGAUGAGCUUUGGUGACGGAGCCCAGGGGGCGUUGGGUCUACCCAAUUCGGAGACGGGUCCCGGAGGCGACGCUUACGAGCCCACCCGGAUAUCCGGUCUCCCUUCCGAUAUCACCAGCAUCAGCGCAGGUCAUUAUCACUCGCUUGCUAUUGAUUCUCGAGGUGGACUCUGGGCUUGGGGACGUAACCAGGAGGCUCAGCUGGGUCGUGAUCCACUUGCUCCGAGAGAUUCAUGGAAUGAUCCAAAGAGAGUGGAAGGGUUGGAUCAUGUGAAUGUUUGUGCUGCUUUUGCAUCUGGUGUUGUUUCUGCCGCUGUUGGCGAUGAUGGUUCUGUGUGGGUAUGGGGAAAGUCUAAGCGGGGACAGCUUGGUCUUGGAAAGGGUAUUACUGAGGCUGUGGUACCUCGCAGAGUUGAAGCACUUGCAGGAGAAAAGAUAGUCAAGGUGGGCUCCUAAAAUUUUAAGGUAGAUUAAUCUAGUGCCAUAAUUUCCAUAC